AUGAUCACAAUAGAUGCUGCCUGGAUCCGAUCAAACAUCAAGGCGUUUGCACAGAAACGAGUGGUGGUGCUGACAGGUGCCGGAAUAUCGGUCUCGUGCGGAAUCCCAGACUUCAGGUCACAGACAGGAAUAUUCAACGACAUCAAGAAAACUCUGGGAAUCAGCGGAAGAAAUCUGUUCACAUACGGAAUAUCUGUAGCAAAGGAAACACGAAGCAUAUACAUAAAGUACAUGAGCAAGCUCAAGAGCAUGGUUGAUCUUGCAGCACCAUCUCUCACUCACCGGUUUCUGCUUUCAUACUCGCAAAUCUCCAACGGAUUCAGGCUGUACACACAGAACAUCGAUGGGCUCGAGGAAAAGGCAGGAAUGGUGCCCAGGAAUGACAAGUCAACACAACUUGUAUAUCUGCAUGGAAGCAUGAAGGAGCUGGCAUGCCUGUAUUGCGGAGCAAGAGUAAACUUUGGAGAAGCCGAAAGAAAAGAAUAUGAGGCAGGAAACGAAAUCACUUGCACUUGCUGUAUACUACGGAACGAAAAGCGAGGUAUAGAACAUACAGCAGGCCUUAGGAAAAGGCCCGUUGGCGUGAUGCACACAACAAUAAUUCAUUAUGACCAGCAGCAUCCGGAGUCUGCAUUCAUUUCCAGGAUGGCACAGAGUGAUGGAUGCUGCAAUUUGUUCGUUGUCAUGGGAACAAGCUUAAGAGUGCUUGGAGUAAAGAGACUCGUAAGGUAUUUCUGCAGACUGGAGAGUACACAUGGCAGGAGGAUUCUUGUGAACCUUGAAAAGCCACCUAAGGAGUUUGCGGAGCUGUUUGAUUUCUUCUGGAACGGAGAUUGUGAUGAGUUUUGUAGAAUCGUUGGAGAGUGCCUUGGAAUCAAUGCCAUGGCAAACGAUGUUCAAAGACUUUCAAUAGCAUACUGCGAUGGCAUAAAUGAUUGCAAUAGACAAAAGCAUAUUGAUGAAUUACUUCAACACACAAACUGUAAUGCCGGUGACAAAAAUGCAAAACCCAAAACCAUAUGCAUAGAGUGUGCACAAGAUAACCCAUAA